AUGGCGGAAACUGAGGCAGAGAAGAAGGGCGAUGCUCCUAACUCUGGUCUCAACAUAUCGCCAACUAUAGAUAUUAAACAGAAAAUCAUCGAUGGAAGUGAGAAAAUAGAAUUUAGCUCAAGAGAAGACGAAACUCCAGCUUCAGAUCAAAUAAAAAUCGAAGAAGUCGUCAAACCCGAUCAACAAGAUGAAUUAGAAAAGCCUGAAGAUGAACCGACUGAAGAACAAGUUAAAGGGCUCCUUGAUCCAAUAAAAAACGAGAUAAUAGAACAAGCUGCUAUUGCUUUAACUCCUAAUAAUGAGGAAGAAAAGCCUAAAGAAGAAGAACAGAAAAGUCCUACAGCUCUCUCUGGAAUUUUGCAAAAACCCGCUCAACAAAUUGUCGAAAAACAAGAAAAUCAUACGGAAGAAAAACAACCAGAAGAAGAACCUAAACCUGAAAAUGAAGAUCAAUCUGAUAACGAAAUGUUACAAAUUAAUAUUGAUGAUAAAAUCAAAGAAAUUCCAAAACAAAUCAAUGAAGAAAUGGCUGCCGAAAAAUCAAAAGACGAAACUGAUGAGAAAAAAGACGAUCUAUCCUUCUUCAACGAUACUUUUCAAACAGAAACGAAAAAAGUUACUGAAGCAAGCAAUCAAUCUGAAUCAGAAGCCUCAGAACCUGUUGAAAGUGAACAGCCUCCUCCUCGUGAGGAACAAAAAACUCAAAAGACUGCAAAAAGAGAAGAAAUUCAUUUCGAUUCUAAACCAAAAAGAAAACGUGCUAAGAGCGUUUUCGGUGAUGAACCAAUGCCUUAUACAGAAAACGACUUAGAAAUGGCUUACAAUGCUUUUGUAAAAAAGAACGAACUACCACCUUUCUUAAUGAGAGAUUAUGUGAUCGAUUAUGCUCGUGUUCAUGCUCUUAAAGCAGCAAUUGCUGAAAAUUACGAUGAAGCAGCGAGAAGAGAGAAAAUUGUUGAUAAUAUUGUUGCUGCCUUUAACAAUGACCAAGGACAGUUCGAUACUGAUACGAAACUGGGCAGUCUUGAGCAUAGAUUGCAGUUCGCUCGCGAUCAGAAACAGAAAAUUCAUUCAAAAUAUUUACAGCAAAUAGAAGACCUCAAAACCAAUGAAAAGAAGAGAAUGGAACAGCUUGUUGCAUAUCAUAACCAAGAAAUUGAAGAUUUCCAAGCAGAUUGUCAGACUCCUGAUUUUCUUCUCAAAUUUUCAAAGCCUUCUCUCAAAUUAUUACAGUUACGGAAACAACAGAAAAACUUAGCCCUUGCACAUGACUUCGACGGUGCCAAAUCUAUCAAAUCUACCGCUGAUCGCUUGCAGGCUGCUGAAACAGCCGCAGCAAGAGACAGAGCGGCAGAUUCAGUGAAAUUAAAGUAUAAAGACAUUGUAGAGAGGCAUGAAAGGGCAAUUAAGUGUCAGAGACUCAACUCUCAGAGAAAGAUAACAGAGAAAGAAACACAAAUGAAGUGUGAAUUAGAUUCAUAUGACAAAUUAAUAAAACAGCUAUUGGAUAAGAUCAGAGAAGCUAAGAAUGGCAAAGUAACGACUCUUCCUUCUCUAUCUACUGGUCGUCCAAUACCUCUUAGCGCUAAUAAAAAGAUUUCUCAGUUCAGGAGGUCUUCUGCCAAAGCAAAGCUUGACGUGAAGCUUGGUAAUAUUAAUAAGAUAUUGGGUUUGUAUGUGAAAUGA